CUGUUACCUCUACAACAACACCAAUGGGAACAACAAGUACCCAAAGUCCUACAAUUUCGACAAUAACAACUACACCAACCACAACCACACAAAGUACAACAACCGUUCCCUCUACAACUACACAACUAACGUCAACAACCAGCACUACAAGAACUACAACGACCACUCCUCCAACAACACCAGAAACCACGAUCACAACACCAGCUGUCACACCCACGCAAAUUAUGACUGUUACCUCUACAACAACACCAAUGGCAACAACAAGUGCCCAAAGUCCUCCCACUUAUGUCGUAGGUCUGACAGUGAGGGUUUCUUCUUUGUUUCCGCUGUCCGAGGAAUACAUAAACAACAUCAUACAACAGCUUAAAAAUCAAGGCGUGACAUAUGGGCUGCCAGCAGACUUCUCGCUACGCCUCGUGAAGGUCAUGAGUGUGUAACUGGAAGUAACAACAACAGCAACAGUUCAACAUGAUCAUUUCACGCCAGGGCCAGCAGUAGCAUGUUUGCUGCUCUAGGCGAGCUUAAUGCCAGGCUCACUCACUGAUGAGCAUCUUUGUUUUUUCUGGGUGCAAUUUUGGCACCCUCACUAAGACCAUAUCACUCCAGUUCUCAGAUCUUU